AUGCUGUCUAAUUUGAGGAUCCUGCUCAACAAUGCAGCUCUUAGAAAGGGUCACACUUCCAUGGUUCGGCAUUUUCGGUGUGGGAAGCCAGUACAGAGUCAAGUACAGCUGAAAGGCCGUGACCUCCUCACCCUGAAGAACUUCACAGGAGAGGAGAUUCAGUACAUGCUAUGGCUCUCUGCAGACCUGAAAUUCAGGAUCAAGCAGAAAGGAGAAUAUUUACCUUUAUUGCAAGGGAAAUCCUUAGGAAUGAUUUUUGAGAAAAGAAGUACUCGAACAAGACUGUCCACAGAAACAGGCUUUGCUCUUCUGGGAGGACACCCUUCUUUUCUUACCACACAAGAUAUUCACUUGGGUGUGAAUGAAAGUCUCAUGGACACUGCUCGUGUCUUAUCUAGCAUGACAGAUGCAGUGUUAGCUCGAGUGUAUAAACAAUCCGAUCUGGACACCCUGGCUAAAGAAGCAUCCAUCCCAAUUGUCAAUGGACUGUCAGACUUGUAUCAUCCUAUCCAGAUCCUGGCUGAUUAUCUUACACUCCAGGAACAUUAUGGCUCUCUCAAAGGUCUUACCCUCAGCUGGAUAGGGGAUGGGAACAAUAUCCUGCACUCCAUCAUGAUGAGUGCUGCAAAAUUCGGGAUGCACCUUCAAGCAGCUACUCCAAAGGGCUAUGAGCCAGAUCCUAAUAUUGUCAAGCUAGCGGAACAGUAUGCCAAGGAGAAUGGUACAAAGUUGUCAAUGACACAUGAUCCACUGGAAGCAGCACGUGGAGGCAAUGUAUUAAUUACAGAUACUUGGAUAAGCAUGGGACAAGAGGAGGAGAAGAAAAAGCGUCUUCAAGCUUUCCAAGGUUACCAGGUUACAAUGAAGACUGCUAAAGUGGCUGCGUCUGACUGGACAUUUUUACACUGCUUGCCUAGAAAGCCAGAAGAAGUGGACGAUGAAGUGUUUUAUUCUCCACGAUCCUUAGUGUUCCCAGAGGCAGAAAAUAGAAAGUGGACAAUCAUGGCUGUGAUGGUAGCCCUGCUGACAGACUACUCACCUAUGCUCCAGAAGCCAAAGUUUUGA